CGUGAGAGGAGGAGGAGAGGAGACGUCUCUAGAGGCGGGCCUGCUCAUCGCUCAUGUUGACUGCGAGAGACGCCAACCGGAGCCAUGGUCAUUCUACAGCAGGGCGACUAUGUGUGGCUGGACCUGAAGACGGGUCGAGAGUUUGUGGUCCCGAUCGGAGCGGUGGUCAAGCUCUGCGACUCGGGUCAGAUCCAGGUUCUGGACGAUGAAGGAAGCGAGCACUGGAUCUCCCCCCAGAAUGCCACCAACAUCAAGCCCAUGCACCCCACCUCCAUCCACGGGGUGGAGGACAUGAUCCGACUGGGCGACCUGAACGAGGCCGGCAUCCUGCGCAACCUGCUCAUCAGAUACCGGGAGAAGCUCAUAUAUACGUACACGGGCUCCAUCCUGGUGGCGGUGAACCCCUACCAGGUGCUGCCCAUCUACACGGCGGACCAGAUCCGCCUGUACACCAACAAGAAGAUCGGCGAGAUGCCGCCGCACAUCUUCGCCAUCGCAGACAACUGCUACUUCAACAUGCAGCGCAACAACCGUGACCAGUGCUGCAUCAUCAGCGGAGAGUCUGGUGCGGGGAAGACAGAGAGCACUAAGCUGAUCCUCCAGUUCCUGGCGGCCAUCAGCGGUCAGCACUCCUGGAUAGAGCAGCAGGUGCUGGAGGCCAACCCAAUACUGGAGGCGUUCGGGAACGCCAAGACGAUCCGGAACGACAACUCGUCCCGCUUCGGGAAGUACAUCGACAUCCACUUCAACAAGAGAGGAGCCAUCGAGGGAGCCAAGAUAGAGCAGUACCUGCUGGAGAAGUCCCGCGUCUGCAGACAGGCACAUGAUGAGAGGAACUACCACAUCUUCUACUGCAUGCUGAAGGGCAUGACCCAGGAUGAGAAGAAGAAGCUAGCCCUGGGCAAGGCCACAGACUACACCUACCUGACCAUAGGCGGUUGCACCACGUGUGACGGUCGGGACGAUAUGAAGGAGUACUCUAACAUCCGCUCUGCUAUGAAGGUGUUGAUGUUCACAGACACGGAGAACACAGAGAUCAGCAAGCUGCUGGCGGCCAUACUGCACAUGGGGAACCUCCGAUACGAAGCUCGUACCUAUGACAACUUGGAUGCCUGUGAGGUGGUCCGCAGCCCACACCUCACUACCGCUUCAACACUGCUGGAGGUGGAUGGGAAGGACCUGAUGAACUGUCUCACCAGCCGCACUCUGAUCACCAGAGGAGAGACGGUCUCCACGCCGCUCAGCAUGGAGCAGGCCCUGGACGUACGGGACGCCUUCGUCAAGGGAAUCUACGGCCGGCUGUUUGUGUGGAUCGUGGGGAAGAUCAACGCAGCGAUCUACAAGCCCCCCCCCAACCCCUCCAAGGCGGUGAGGAGGUCCAUCGGCCUGCUGGACAUCUUCGGCUUUGAGAACUUCACUAUCAACAGCUUCGAGCAGCUGUGCAUCAACUUCGCCAACGAGAACCUGCAGCAGUUCUUCGUGCGCCACGUGUUCAAGCUGGAGCAGGAGGAGUACAACCUGGAGAACAUCAACUGGCAGCACAUCGAGUUCACCGACAACCAGGACGCCCUGGACAUGAUCGCCAUCAAGCCCAUGAACAUCAUCUCCCUCAUCGACGAGGAGAGCAAGUUCCCCAAGGGGACGGACAACACCAUGCUGAACAAGCUCAACUCCCAGCACCGGCUCAACACCUACUACAUCCCCCCCAAGAACUCCUACGAGACCCAGUUCGGCGUCCAGCACUUUGCCGGGGUGGUGUACUACGAGACCAAAGGGUUCCUGGAGAAGAACCGGGACACACUGUAUGGAGAUAUCAUCCAGCUGGUCCACUCCUCCAAGAACAAAUUCAUCAAACAGAUCUUCCAAGCUGAUGUUGCUAUGGGGGCGGAGACCAGGAAGCGUUCCCCUACUCUGAGCAGCCAGUUCAAGCGCUCUCUGGAGCUGCUGAUGCGGACCCUGGGUGUGUGUCAGCCCUUCUUCGUGCGCUGCAUCAAGCCCAAUGAGUACAAGAAGCCCAUGCUGUUUGACAGGGAGCUGUGCGUCCGCCAGCUGCGGUACUCCGGUAUGAUGGAGACCAUCCGGAUCCGUCGGGCCGGCUACCCCAUCCGCUACACCUUCGUGGAGUUUGUGGACCGCUAUCGGGUCCUCAUGCCUGGGGUCAAACCAGCCUACAAACAGGAGGACCUAAGGGGGACCUGCCAGAGGAUAGCGGAGGCUGUGCUGGGCAGAGACGACGACUGGCAGAUGGGGAAGACCAAGAUCUUCCUGAAGGACCACCAUGACAUGCUGCUGGAGAUCGAGAGGGACAAGGCCAUCACAGACAAGGUGAUCCUCAUCCAGAAGGUGGUGAGGGGCUUCAAGGACAGGUCCAACUUCCUGAAACUGAGGAAGUCGGCCAUGAUGAUCCAGAAGACCUGGAGGGGAUACCAGGCUAGGAAGAACUAUGGAGCAAUGCGGGCAGGGUUCUCCCGGCUGCAGGCUCUGGUGCGCUCCAGGAAGCUGUACACCAUGUACCACGUGGCGCGCCAGCGGGUCACAGGCUUCCAGGGCUGCUGCCGCGGCUUCCUGGUGCGCCGCGCCUUCCGCCACCGGCUGUGGGCCGUCAUCACCCUGCAGGCCUACACCCGCGGCAUGAUCGCCCGCCGGCUGGUGGCCCGCCUCAAGGGAGAGUACCGCCGGAGGCUCGAGGCGGAGAAGAUGCGACUGGCGGAGGAGACCAAGCUGAGGAACCAGAUGUCCGCUAAGAAGGCCAAGGCUGAGGCCGAGCGCAUGCACCAGGAGCGCAUGGCCGUGCUGGCCAAGGAGGACGCGGAGCGGGAGAAGAAGGAGAAGGAGGAGGCCCGGAAGAAGAAGGAGAUGGUGGAGCAGAUGGAGAAGGCCCGCCACGAGCCCGUCAACGAUUCGGACAUGGUGGACAAGAUGUUCGGCUUCCUGGGGACUACCAACUCCUUCCCGGGCCAGGAGGGCCAGGCCCCCAGCGGCUUUGAGGACCUGGAGCGUAACCGCAGGGAGCUGAUGGAGGAGGACCUGGAUGAGGCCCUCCCGCUCCCGGAGGACGAAGAGGAGGACCUGUCGGAGUACAAGUUCGCCAAGUACUCGGCCACCUACUUCCAGGGGCCCAGCUCCCACACCUACGUCCGGCGGCCCCUCAAACAGCCGCUGCUCUUCCACGACGACGAGGGGGACCAGCUGGCGGCGCUGGCAGUGUGGAUCACGGUGCUGAGGUUCAUGGGGGAUCUGCCCGAGCCCAAGUACCACACGGCCAUCAGCGACGGCAGCGAGAAGAUCCCUGUGAUGACCAAGAUCUACGAGACCCUCGGCAAGAAGACUUACAAGAGGGAGCUGCAGGCACUGCAGGGGGACGGGGAGACCCCUCCGGACGAGACUCACAAGAAGAACAGCGUCCGCCACAAGAUGGUGUCCCUCACACUGAAGAAAAAGUCCAAGAUAACAGUGGAGGUCACCAAGCGGCUCCACGACGGGGAGUACGGGAACAGCAUGCUGGAGGACCGGCCCACCUCCAACCUGGAGAAGCUGCACUUCAUCAUCGGCAACGGGAUCCUGAGGCCGGCCCUGAGGGAUGAGAUCUACUGCCAGAUCUGUAAGCAGCUGAGUCAGAACCCGUCCAAGAGCUCCCACGCUCGGGGUUGGAUCCUCAUCUCGCUGUGCGUCGGCUGCUUCGCCCCCUCCGACAAGUUCCUCAAGUACCUGAGGAACUUCAUCAGUGGAGGACCCCCGGGCUAUGCCCCCUACUGUGAGGAGAGGCUGCGGCGGACCUUCGUCAACGGGAGCAGAACCCAGCCCCCAUCCUGGCUGGAGCUUCAGGCCACUAAGUCCAAGAAGCCCGUCAUGCUCCCAGUGACCUUCAUGGACGGGACCACCAAGACGCUGCUGACGGACUCGGCCACCACGGCCCAGGAGCUGUGCAGCGCGCUCUCAGACAAGAUCAACCUGAAGGACCGCUUCGGCUUCUCCCUCUACAUCGCCCUGUUCGACAAGGUGUCAUCCCUGGGCAGUGGGAACGACCACGUGAUGGACGCCGUGUCCCAGUGCGAGCAGUACGCCAAGGAGCAGGGCGCCCAGGAGAGGAACGCCCCCUGGAGGCUGUUCUUCAGGAAGGAGAUCUUCACCCCCUGGCACGACCCCGCCGAGGACCUGGUGGCCACCAACCUCAUCUACCAGCAGACCAUCCGCGGGGUCAAGUUCGGGGAGUACCGCUGUGACAGGGAUGACUUGGCAGAGCUGGCCUCCCAGCAGUACUACGUGGACUACGGCUCGGAGAUCCUGCACGAGCGACUGCUCAGCCUCAUCCCGUCCUACAUCCCCGACCGCGAGGUCAGCACCGCUCGCACCGUGGAGAAGUGGGCCCAGCUCAUCAUGGCCGCCCACAAAAAGGCCAUCUACACCCAGAAGAGGUUUGACGCUCAGAAGGUGAAGGAGGAGGUGGUGGACUUUUCCCGCCACAAAUGGCCGCUGCUCUUCUCCCGCUUCUACGAGGCCUUCAAGUUCUCCGGCCCCAGCCUCCCGAAGAACGACGUCAUCGUGGCCGUCAACUGGACCGGGGUCUACUUUGUGGACGAGCAGGAGCAGGUCCUCCUGGAACUCUCUUUCCCAGAUGUCAUGGCGGUCUCCAGCAGCAAGGGAGGGAAGCUACAGGGCCAGAGCUUCACCCUGGCGACCAUAAAAGGAGACGAGUAUACCUUCACCUCCAACAACGCAGAGGACAUCCGUGACCUUGUGGUGACCUUCUUGGAAGGCCUGAGGAAGAGGUCGAAGUUUGUGGUGGCCCUGCAGGAUAAUCCCAAUCCAGCGGGGGAGGAGUCAACAUUCCUGAGCUUCCUGAAGGGAGACCUGAUCCUAUUGGACCAGGACACCGGGGAGCAGGUGCUCAACUCUGGUUGGGCACAUGGGAUCAACGAGCGGACCAAUCAGAGAGGAGACUUUCCUGCUGACUGUGUCUAUGUGCUGCCCACAAUGACGAAACCCCAGCCGGAUAUAGUGGCGCUGGUUACCAUGACGCCAGACCAGCGACAGGAGUCUGUGCGCGUGUCUCACAUGGCGCUGCCCGACUCCUCUGAGAGGAUGAAGCCGUACACACUGGAGGAGUUCUCCUAUGACUACUUCAGACCCCCUCCCAAGCACACCCUGAGCCGGGUGAUGAUCACCAAGAACAGGGGGAAGGACAAGCUGUGGAGCUGCACCCGGGAGCCGCUGAAGCUGCCCCUCCUCAAGAAGGUCAUCAACCACGAGGAGCUGGCCCAGGACGCCUGCCUGUCCUUCAUCGCUAUGAUGAAGUACAUGGGCGACUACCCGUCCAAACGGACACGCUCCGUCAACGAGCUCACCGACCAGAUAUUCGAGGGCGCGCUGAAGGCCGAGCCUCUGAAGGACGAGAUCUACAGCCAGAUCAUCAAGCAGCUCACCGACAACCACGUGAAGUACAGCGAGGAGAAGGGCUGGGAGCUGCUCUGGUUGUGUACUGGUCUGUUCCCUCCCAGUAACGUCCUGCUGCUUCACGUCCAGCGUUUCCUCCAGUCCAAGAAGCACCACCCGCUGGCUGGGGACUGCAUGCAGAGGCUGCAAAAGGCCCUGCGGAGUGGCUCCAGGAAGUACCCUCCUCAUCUGGUGGAGGUGGAGGCCAUCCAACACAAGACCACCCAGAUCUUCCACAAAGUCUACUUCCCCGAUGACACAGACGAGGCGUUUGAGGUGGAGUCCAGCACCAAGGCUAAAGACUUCUGUCUGAACAUCUCCACCAGACUGCUGCUCAAGUCCUCAGAGGGCUUCAGUCUCUUCGUCAAGAUCUCUGAUAAGGUCAUCAGUGUACCAGAGGGAGAUUUCUUCUUUGACUUUGUGAGGCACCUGACCGACUGGAUCAAGAAGGCCCGGCCGGCUAAAGAAGGGAUCGUCCCCUCUCUGACCUACCAGGUGUUUUUUAUGAAGAAACUCUGGACCACAACGGUUCCAGGGAAGGACGCUUUUGCAGACUCCAUAUUUCACUACUACCAGGAGCUGCCUAAGUACCUCCGUGGGUACCACAAGUGUUCCCGGGAGGAAGUAUUCCAGCUAGGAGCCCUCAUCUACCGGGUCAAGUUUGAAGACGACAAGUCCCACUUCCCGGCCAUCCCAAAGAUGCUUCGGGAGAUCGUGCCCCAGGAUCUGAUCCGACAGAUGUCGCCCGACGACUGGAAACGGUCUGUAGUGUCGUACUUUAACAAGCAGUCGGGGAAAUCACGGGACGAGGCCAAACUCAUGUUCCUGAAGCUCAUCUACAAAUGGCCGACCUUUGGCUCCGCCUUCUUUGAGGUCAAGCAAACCACAGAGCCCAACUUCCCCGAGAUUCUGCUGAUCGCCAUCAACAAGCACGGGGUCAGCCUCAUCGACCCCAAGACCAAGGACAUCCUGAUCACCCAUCCCUUCACUAAGAUCUCCAACUGGAGCAGCGGGAACACCUACUUCCACAUCACCAUCGGCAACCUGGUCCGAGGGAGCAAGCUGCUCUGUGAGACCUCGCUGGGCUACAAGAUGGACGACCUGCUGACCUCCUACAUCAGCCAGAUGCUGACCACCAUGAGCAAGCAGCGCUCAGGGCGGAGUCACAACAAGUGAACGUCCUAUUGGCAGGAGGCCGCCAAGCUCAUCCGGCUCCUGCGUCCCAUUGGCCAGCCCUGCAGCUGGGGGCGGACCUUCGCCUUCAAGCUGUGGCGGAUGAGCCGCAGUCCCUCGCCUAGCUCGGUGGGGUCAAAGUUCACCGUGGAGAGUUCGGCGGCGAGCAGCGACCCCGGUGAGGGCCCGAGCCAGGGCCCGAGCCAAGGCCCCAGUAGCGGUUACUACAACUUCUAUGAGGACGAGCCCUCAAGCGAGGACGACUACCUCUAGAAGAGUCGCCCCACUCCCCGUCAUUCAUGCCCUACUUGGGGUCUGGUUCAGGAUCUGGUUCAGGAUCAGAUACAGAUCCACACACCGCCCAGCAAGAGAACCGACCUAGGCACCUGAUCAAUUACCUGAUCCAUAUUCUGGAACACACACUGGAUGUAUUUUAAAUUGUAUGAAGAUGAGCUUUGUCCUCUGUCUGAUGGGGAAUAGAUCCUAGGAAGGUGAAAUAUAGUUCUCAAAGCAGCAAACUACGUCUGCUUCUAACAAACUCAGUUCCGUUUUCAGUUUACUUUUGUUGAGCACUGUUGUCAAGGAAGUUGUCUUCAAAGAAGGUUUUUAUACAAGCCCAUUUAUUCAUAUAGUUCAAUUAAAAAGAUGUCAAUGACCAAUCCUUCACCAAUCUGACGUGUACUAGCCUUUUAAAAUAGUCAACUUAAUACUCCCAUCCUCUAGCUUGGAGACAUUUCGGGGUAAUACUGUUAAUUUAAGGAUUUAAUGAAUAAGUCUAGCAAUGUCCAAGCACUACUAAAAUCUUUAAUAUAUUGAAUUGAUGUAUUUAAUGCCCAUCUCGUGAUUUCCUUUUUUUUUUUUUCAUUCUUUCGUUUUACUGUCUCUAUAUGUACUGCCUUAAUUAGUUUGUUUUCUACUUCAAAACAAUGUCCCAGCAUUCUUUAUGUGAGCCUAAACAGCUUUUUGUACAGUCUUUGUCAAUCAUAUGUUGUUACAGUGACGUGUCUUAAUAAAUUCAUUUGUCCAUGA